GUGAAUUGAUGAAUCGUGCAGGUGAAAUUGACCCUCACUCAAGGAAUGUAAAGUGUUAGUUCAACCAACAAUCAACCAGUUGUCUAAAUUGCUCAAAGGUGCAUCUCAUGAACAAUCAAUUGGGAAGCAUAUAUAGACAGACCACAACACAGAGUUGCAACUUUCCAACAAUGGAUGGACCAGGAAACGAACAGGGUCAACAGCCAGGAGGAAGAAGAGGAGCAAGGAUGCGUGGUGGAAGGCAAAACAGAGGACGAGGCAGAAGAGGACAUAGGCGCAUAUCUGAUGACAUAAGGGCCACUAUUGUAGACCAUGUUGUCAAUCAUGGCCUUACUAUGGCUGAGGCGGGUCGAAGGGUGCAGCCGAACAUUGGGAGAUCAACCGUGUCCUCAAUAGUUCAAACGUUUCGAAGAGAGAACCGGACAGCAAAAUUACCACAAACCGGUGGCAGAGGACGCCUUUUCACACCUCAACAGGAAGAGGCUAUAUGCACCAUGGUCCGAGCAAACAAUGCUAUGAGACUCAGGGAAAUACAAAGGACCAUUAUAGAAGACAACGAUGUCUUUGAAAACAUCCGUACUGUUAGCAUCUCAACCAUUGACAGGGUGCUGCAUAGAAACCAGAUGAGUAUGAAACAGCUGUACCGUGUACCAUUCCAAAGGAAUGAGGACCGAGUUAAGGAGAUACGGUACCAGUAUGUACAGCGUAUAAUGGAGUUGGAAUCAAGUGAACCCUCUCACAACUUUGUAUACAUGGAUGAGGCUGGCUUCAACCUGACCAAAUGCAGAAGGCGGGGUAGGAAUGUCAUCGGUCAGAGAGCUACUGUGGAUUUGCCAGGCCAAAGGGGAGGAAAUAUGCUAUUUCAGAGCAUGGCGUCCUAA